AUGGAAAUGCAAAAAGUCGCAAUUAUUGUUAAUAAACAAAUUCGAGCCAAAUAUAGGCAUCUAAAACCUCAUUCAUUACUUAAAGAAAUUCGUGAACUUUUAUCACAUAUGUUAGAAGAUGAAUUAUUAUUAAUGAAUGAUUCGGCAAUUUUCUUUGAAGACUUGAAUGGAAAUAAAAUCGAUAAAUCUCAAGAAAAUUCAAUCCAUUUACGAGACAUACUUCUUUAUGGUUAUAUUUUAAAUAUUAUUGUGGAAAAACAUGAUGCGAAUCUUUAUGUAAAAAAUCACAUAAUUGAAGGAGGUAUCACUACAUUUUUACCAUGGUCAAAGUUUUUUGUUGGUUUUAAAUCACAAUCAGCAACCGCUACUAGGAGUGGUCAUAAAAAUUCUACAAAAUAUAAAAUUUUCGAUCGUAUAAGAGCAGAAUUUACUGUAGAUGAAUGUGAUGUUGAACCAACUGAUCAUUUUAUAAGUGAAGUAAUUGAUGCGUUAAAAGGUCCUAAAGAUAAACAACGAGAAAAUUUAAUAGAAAUCACAAAAAAAUUUGGAGAAUACUGGGCACAGAGUGUAUAUCUGGGAGGAUUUGCAUUACAAACGCUUAAUGCUAGUGAUUCUCACAAUAUAUCCCAAACAAAUAGAGGUCAAACAAUCGGUGGAAGUAGCAAUGAACUAUUAUUAUCCAACACCGGAUUUGAUCCUUAUACUGGCUUUGGAUUUGAAAAUAGUCAAGGAAAUAUUGCUUCUGGAUCAAGAACAACACAAAUUCAGAAUUUAAAUUGGUUUGGUGGUGAUGAAAGUAUCAAUAUUUCUUGUGAAGAAGAUCUUAAUGUGUGGACUAAAUCAAUUAAGCAAAAAAAUUGGAAUGUUGUCAAAUAUAUUAAAGUUGUAUCAAUUUUUGAACUUUUAAACAAUGAAUUGCGUAAUCAAGUACUUCGUGCUUUUGGUAAAACAAUUUUUUAUUCCAAGGUCGAUUCUUUGAAUUUCAUAUUUGACUUGUCAAAGAUGGAACCUUACGCUUACGAACUAAGUAUACCAAAAAAUCUUCCGAGCGCAGAUUAUCAAGUAUUUGCUAUGAUCAUGAGUAAAUCUAAGCAAGAUGAUGUUUUUGGAAUGCGUAUCGUGUACGAAAACAAUAAAAAACCAGUUAUUCUUCUUCAUAGAAUUGGCACUAAGACAAAAUUCAAAUCACGCAGAAAACAAUAUUCACUGGAGAUUGGAUGGGUUGUUAUUGGUUAUCCAAGCAAAUUUGAUUUUGGAAAAUAUAGAAUUGAGAGGAGCUUAGUUAGCGAAAAAGUAGACAUAGAUCUUCAAGGUAAUAAUAAUGUUUAUGACUAUAGACGAUCUACUAUAGUAACUGCGCAGCACUUUCACGAUAAAACUAGUGGUUUAGGUUCAUGCAUAUUUGUUCAUGAUUUGUAUAAGCGAAAGUAUAUUAACAUUGUACAAGAACUUGAAAAUCUUACUUUUGAAUACAGCAUAAUUAAUGAUCAAGAAAAUUCAAAACAUGUUGUCGUCACAUGGGAUAAAUCGGUACUUUCUAGAGCAAAAAUUCUUUCUGGUACUAUCAAAAACUCAAAUUUGAAUUUGAACCAUCCUAACUUCUUGACCUUAUUAUAUGAUGAUGAUGGUUAUUGCAAUUGUUCAAAUGA